AUGACUACACCUUCUCCGACGAAGGAAGCCCAAACGAAGAGGAAUCCGAGUGUGCCACCUUCAAUGCACUGCUGUGCUACCCUGGAAUCUGUGAGACGCCAGUCUCGAGAGUUCGCCGACCCGACGAUCGACGUCUUCGUGAAGCGCAUGCCGGCAACGAACGGUGGUCCCAAGACCACUACGAACGUCUGGCUCCUGCAAGGUGGUCCCGGAUACUCCUCCUCUGUCAUGGAAAAUCCGCUGUUGAGUUUGCUCUACCAGCUGAAUGGGACAGCCAAUAUCUACACGAUGGACCACCGCGGUACGGGUCGUAGCACGUUCUUGGACUGCGUCGCGGCGGAAGCUACGACCACCGGAUCUCCGAAUGGCAAGGAGAUCGACCCGUCAGAAGUUGCUUCUUGUGCCCAAGACCUUCAAGAUAAUGCAGCCACUGAUGUGGUGACCUUCAUCUCGCAGUACACGAAUGGAGCCAAUACGAUUGUGUAUGGCGCCAGCUACGAAACAAUGCUGGUGGAACGCUUGAUGCAUCUGAAUCCUCCGACGGUGACGGGGUACGUUCUGGACGGCGUUGCGACGGCGUCGGGGGCGCCACCCGGCAAGUUUGAGUACAUGUCGAUGUGGGAAACGGACUAUGGUGAAGUGGGCGACCGGUUCUUGGAGUUGUGCUCUGAAGACACUAUCUGCAGCAGCCACUUCAAGCAACCACAGACGCUGCCUACAGCUCUUCCAGAGUUGCUCGCAGACUUCGACAAGGACCCAAACUCGACUUGCGCAACCGUCAUGGACAACGUGAAAACUCUGGGAGACGAUGCUCUGCCCUCCUUUACGCUGAGAGAUAUGCUCGGUGAAAUGUUGAUGGAUGCGGAUCUGCGGAAACUCAUCCCACCGGUCGUGUACCGAUCCCAGCGCUGCAACGAACAAGACGUCGACGUCCUGACCUACUUCACGAAACGUUUCAUGGAGUACGUCACCGCCACUACGCAGAGUGCCGCAUACUACUCGCCAUUGCUCUAUUAUCUCAUCGUAUUCUCGGAAAUGUGGGAAACUCCGACGCCUACGCUGUCCGAGAUGGGAAAAAGAUUCACCGACAAAAAUGUCACCUCUGGAUUGUACGCAUUCGACCUUCUCUACUGCGCUUUCUCUAAAGAAGACUCAGAUGAACUCCACUACGGCAACUAUUCUGCCAAUGGGAUCAUCUACGAACGUGACGAGUACUGGAACAAGAGCGCCAAGAUCCCCAGUCAGGCCAGCGUGCUGCUCCUGAGUAGCAAGUUGGACCCGCAGACGCCUCACAAAUACUUGCUGGAAGCGCUGGAUGGGGACAGAAAGGAGCUGGUUACGUUCAACACUUCCAUCCACGGAGCGCUUGUGUGGACCCAGCUUGAUCCAGAGGAUGUUUGGUCCCCAACUUGCGGUGGGAAGAUACUUGCUUCGUUUGUCAAGAACGAGGGCGAUAUGGAAGGCCUGGACAAGUCGUGCGUGGACGAAAUGCCUGCGUUCAACCCGACAGCUUCAGUCGACACCGAGACGUACUACUUCAGUACUGACGAUGUGUAUGACGGUGCCUUGAACUCGAGUCUGAGCUCUUCGCAGUGA